AUGGAUCUAACGGGCACUCUUCAGGGGCCGGAUCGCACUCCGUCAGGCGCCCCGCAGUCGACCGCCCACUUGGCGGGGUUUGCGGGCCUCAACCCUGCCAUCGACAGAGAGGCGUGGGGCCCUUUCGCUCCGCAGUUCGCCCAGCAGUCCCUGCUGUCUCCGUUUCCUUUCGGAGAUGGAGACCCUAGCCACCGAGACGCGCUCUCUGCCGCGCCCCCAGAGGCCCAGCGUGCCCGUGCAGGUCCCCCCAGCGGGGCAAACAGUCACCUCAUGCCCCUGCGGGAACAUCCCAGCCACGCAUGCAGAGACGGCCUUCCGAUCUCAGUCGAGGGCCUCGGCUUCACACACCGCGCGACUCGAGGCUUCCCCUUCUUCCCCAACGCUCAAACGCACGCCGGCGCUCCGAACGGUUCGUCCGUCUGCGCGUUCCCCGGCGGCGGGGGAGACGCCGGAGCGGGGUGGGGCGGCGACGGCAGCUCCGGAAGUUCCCUCUCCCUUCCUGGAUGCUCUGUCUCUUCUUCUCUCCAGCAACAGCGACUGCUUCAACAGAGGCAGCGAGCAGCGGCGUUCGCAGCGAUGCACGAGGCGACUUCGACUCUGACUGGGGUCAGUCGAGAACGAGACGGGGUUUCUUCUCUUUCUUCUCGUCCUUCUCACGCUUCCUUUGGGUUUUUGGAGCCUUCGCUGCGUCCCGAUGCCUGCGCUGAGAUGGGGCCUGGUCUCUUUUUCCCGGAGACGACGCGCGGCGAAGAGAACAGCACGCAGGAGGGCCUUGGGGCGAAGCAGGCGGAACGUUUGCCAGGGCGCGAGGGCGAAGACGGAAGGCGAGACGGCGGCCGCUCGUUGAGAGGAGGCGGGAGAGGGAGGAAACGGGGCGACGGAGAGAGCAAACCGCGAGGAAGAGCGGCAAAAGGAAAAAGCUCGGCCCCGUCUUCAAAUCCCGUCGUUGACUUGUCAGGUGGCGUCUCUUUUCCUCAGGCUCAGCCUCUAGACAGCGCAGGUGUCCAGGCACAGUUUGAGGAGGCGAGAGGGGGGGAUUUUCCGGGUCUCACAAGUCUCGUCCACGAGGGUGAGGGGUCUGAGGACGCGCGCGAGCGCCUCGUCGCCGGUUGCCCCGCGUCCUUCGGUCCAGCCGCUCGCCGGGCUCCUUGCCGAAGAGACAAAGAAGGUGGAGAAGAGACGAGAGAAGAAGGAAACGUGUUGCCUCCGGGUGUCUCGAGCCAGGACGCCUUGCGGGCUCCUCUCGCUCCCGUCGUUUCCGCGGGUUCUGCCGCUGAGAAGGAAGGCAGUCACCCGAUUGGAGACACUUCUUUGCUAGGCGGAGUUCCAGCGACUUUGCUCGAUAGAAGCCACGGGGAGCGCGGCUCUGGCCAGAGCUGGUCUCGGCCAGAGGCCGACGAUUUGGCCGCGCGCCGGGGAGCAAGAGACAGCUCUCGCAGGGGUUCUGUAGACUCAACGGUGAACCCUGCAGAGUGGUGUUCCCUUAUUCCCGCGGACAUCUAUAACGCGUCCUUUUCGCUGCCGGAAUCGAGUUCAACUGCGUCGACGCCGCAGCUCCGCCCCGCGCUUCCUCCAGACUCUGCAAACCGAGAAGAGGCGCCCAGCGCAGAGAGUGCGUCGUCGCAUCUUCUCCCUCUCUCGCUUCCGCCCUCGUCUUCCUCUUCUUCCUCUUCCUCUUUGUGUUCUUCUGCUCCUGCCUCGUGGGCGGGAGUGCACUGGUCGCCGUCUUUGCGGUCGGGGUUUUCGCCGAGUGAAGAGGCGGCGGCUCUCCAAGCUGUUCUGGCUGCCUGUGCAGAAGGCCGCAUGAAAGGAGGCCCUCGCGCGUGCGCCCGGCCGCCUUCAGCUGUCUCGUUUUCUCGGGGGAUCCCUGCGUGUCUCGGUGCGUCCCGAACGCUGGCAACCUUCUUCGAGCACAUCCUGGCAAUCGACAGUUCGCCCUUUCCUCAGAGCACGGCGGGGAAACCCCCCGGCCUGCCAUCCCUGAACCCUGUGCAGCGUCUUGAGGCGCUCCAGAGGCUCUUCUGCUCUCUGGAGGCGGCUCUGCAUGUUCACCAGGCGCUGCGGCUCGACGCGGGCAUGCGGAUAGGCGGCGAUUUCAAUCUCGAGCACGUGGACCGAAUCGCGUCCUCUUCCUCCUCCGCGGGGCCUGAGAAUCGCUCUCCGCCGGUCGAAGCGGAGAGCGCGCUUUCGGGCUCCGCGACCGCGGUCGAGAGAGGACGCGGGCGGCGAGGGCAAGCAUGCGACGAGGUGUGGGGUGGCGAGGGCGGCGAGAGACUCCUAGGGGUAUGGCAAGGGGGGAUUUCUCCGCUGAAUCUGCCGAUUUUCUUGAGAGUUCGACAGGAACAGUAUCUGCAGCAAAUGAGAGAGUGGAGCUCUGCCUUUCCAGCGCCUUUCGAUGAGGCGGAGACCGUCUUCCAGCCAGGGUUGCUGCACAGCGGAGAACGGGACGAAGGUGGAGACGACGAGGCACGCAACCGGAAGAAGAGGCCCGAACUCGCUACAAGCCUCGCGACUCUUUUGCCAUCAGCGUCGUUCGUCGUGGACACGCCUUCUCUGCCGAAGGAAGAGAGAAAAGCUUCCGCCAUCAUUCGCGGGGAGGCGUCGACUCCGGCUAGGGGGCGUGCACUUCGAGAUGGAGAUGACCCGAAGCGCCGCGAGGGACGAGAAGUUGCGCGUGGCGAACUUGAGUCGGAGACGCUGUCUGCAGCUUCAAGGCGGCCACUCGGACUGGUCCAGAAUAUGGGUUUGGGCAUGGAUGAAGUGAAGCGGGAGAAAGAUCAUCUUGAGGAGGGCGACGCCGAGCAGGGACAGCGUCUUGCUCAGUUGUUUCCGGGGGAAGUAAAGGGUGUGGAAGGUCGCGGAGAACGAGACGGGGAGGUCGUGCGUGCCGACGAAGAUGCGUCCGGCGUGCGACGCGCCGUCUCUCGCGGGGUCCCCUGCGAGAUGCGAUUUGAUGGGCAGGAGACGGGGACGGUGAAGACUGAAGAGAAGGGAGAGGGCGAUAUGGAGAGAGUGCGAGAAAUGAAGAAGGACGAGAAGGGGAAGAAGCAACGGCAGAUGUCUGCAGACUCCGACGGGGGAGAGGUGGAAGACAGGAGGAAGUCAGGAAGAGGCGGACGGCGAGCGAUGAAACCCGGUGGAAACGCGGCGUCGGAGUGCGAUUUUCGUCCGGAAGAGGCAGACGAGGAAUACGACGAGGUCAAGCCGAAACGGAAGUCAAGACAGAGAGCAGGACGCCUCGAGCCGCUCGCUCCCGCGCCGUCCUCCCACGCCCCUCAGGCGCUCCUAGAUCCUGCGUCUCCGUCGCCCUCGAGCAGUCGUCUCUCGUCUUGUGGGCCCUCGGCGUCUCUCGGGGCGAAGCGGUCACGCGGCGAAGACAAGAAGAGGGUGAAGUCGCUGGAUGCCUCAGCUGUCGACUCCCGAAAACGAGAGAAGCUCUCCGCGUCUGUCGACGGCGCUGUCUCACGCCGAGGAGACGAGAGGGCGGGCCCUCCCUCGAGUGCGCCCCCACUGCUCGACUCCAGCACGCCUCGAAUUCCCAGGAAGAAAGCCAGACUGCUGGAGACCUUGGAGGAAGAAAGCAUCCAGGCGGAGCGGGCUGCCUCGCUCGCGACGCGGGGUAAAGCGCGCGGGCCUUCGGGGGCGAUCCAGACUGGUGCGGAAGACGAGGGCGGGUUGGGGAAGAAGGACAGUCGUCCCGGUCUUGAGGAGAUCGAUCCGUGGCUUCUGCAGCCUUCGUCGCCGCCUCAGAAAGGUCAAGAGGCUUCAGCGAGUGCACACCGGGCACAGCUCCCUCAGCCGCAGCCUCCUCCGCCUCCAGACUUUCCGCCCUUCUCACUGGCCGCUUUCCCUUCGUCGCGCUUCAACCCUCGCCAGGCGCCGGGACCUGCGUUCCCUUCCGACCGCGAGGGCAGCACGGCGCGGUGGGGCGAUAGAGCCCAACGGGCCGGUAGGCCCGGGGACCCAGUCUCCGCGGAGACGGGCUGUGGGGCGCCGUCGGGAGCGGGGUACGCGAAGCGGAAAGCGGUGGGCCCUCGCCCCAAGGGCUACGGCCAGCAGAGAUCGCCUGGGUUUCUUCCCCGCGAAGGCGAGAAUCGGGCGGCAGGCGAGGGGCGAGAGCCCGGACACUUUGGCGGCGGCAACAUGGUCAGAGCGCCUUUCUGGUCGCGUCCCGGCGGGGCGCCGAAUCCCCCCGCAGAGGGAGGCAAGAGUUCCCAGACAGUACGAGGCCAACCCCGCAUGCGCAUGCCGGCGGGCCUUCCCGUCAGGGGCCAACCCACCAGCGACAAUGGAGGCGCGAUUCCCCCGCCGCCUCCGAUGCCUCCACCGGACAGCCAUCGAGGCCAAGGGCGGAACCCUCAGCCCCACAUCCCGCCGGCUCCUUGCUCUUUCUUUUCUCUCCCUGUCGAGGGACACCCGCACAGUGCCGACCCGAGGCGACACUCCGGCUACCUCCCGCCUUCCUUUCCGUUGCGAGCGGGCAGAGGGGGCGAGGCGAGGGGCCCAGACAGCGCGGCGAUGGAGAACGAACUCGCGAAGGAGAGAACGCCCUUAUACGGGACGGCGACCGGGAACGCCUUCCAACCAGAAACUCACCACGUCGGCUACCACGGCUGCGUCGCCGCGGGCGCCGCGAGGGGCGGUUUGGGGGGAGGAGCCGACGCGGACGAAGAGGAAGAGGAAGGCCAGGUUUCUGACGGGAGUGGAGGCGAGAGAGGAGAGGCCGACGGGCCCAUUCUUGCGGGAAUCGAACCGGGAAGCGGCGAUGGCGCAGCAGGUGCCCGAGGGCAUUUGGGGUAUCGUGGGGCGCGAGAAGGCAGACAAGUGCAAGACGAGAAAGAAGAAGGGGAAGAAGAAGACUGA